CGGGGCUGUCGCGAUAGAGAGAGCGGCCCUGGAGCCGGGGCGUUCGUCCCCCCGCGGGGCUGUCGCGACAGAGCAAGGGGCUCCGGGGCCGGUGGUGUGUCAGGGCCCGGGGGCUUCGCGACAGGGGACAGGUUCCCAGUUGCCAUCCACGUGCGCGGCCUUAGGCUGUCACAGCGCGAGUCCGCAAGGCAGGACUGUCACGAUAAGAUCGGGGUUGUCGGGCCGGUCUUGGCAGCGCUGUUGUGACAGAAGUGGCCCCUCGAAGCCGCCGCAGGCAGGGCUGACUCGACAGGAGAGGUCCCUGUGCCCUCAGCCGGCUCCAUCCCCACGUCCCGCCGGUGACGGCGGUGCCCCCCCGCGCUCCGGGGCAGGAUCCGGGGAUGGAUCGGGGGAUGGAUCCGGGGCAGGAUCCGGGGAUGGAUCGGGGAAUGGAUCCGGGGAUGGAUCCGGGGAUGGAUCCGGCCGCAGCGCUCCCGGCGCUGGAGCGGGAGCUGCGGGCGGCGCUGGCGGAGGACGAGCGGCGGCAGCGGGAGGGCGAGGCCAAGCUGCGGGCCCUGCGCCAGGGCGUCCCCGACUACGACCAGUUCAGGGAGAUUGUGCUGGCCUCACACCUGAAGCCUCUGGAGAAGAAGGACAGGCUGGGACAGAGGAGGAAUGUGCUGUGGAAUCCCUGUGCAGCCCCGGCCAAGGCAGCACCUGCCCGCGCUGUGGAGAUCCCACAGGAACUGGAUCAGCUGCCCAGGACCGCUGCGGAAUUUCACAGAGAUUGGCGCAGAUGCUUGAAAAGUGGGACAGAGAAAUACCAGUUUUUGCUGGAGCUCGGGGGGGAGGCCUUGGGCAGGAUCUUCCAGGCUGAUGUGGGCUUUGGCCUCCUGGGGGAGUUCCUGACCGUGCUGGCAGAGAACAUCCAUCCCAGAGACAGAGCUGCCAUCCUCCAGAUCCUUCAGAGCCUGGCGGGCACCAAGCGCUUCGGGCUGAACGCGGCUCUCCUGAGCCAGGCGCAGAGGGAGAGCAGCCAGGAUUUGUUCAGGAAGCUGCAGAGCAGGGAUUAUCAGGCUGCUGGCCAGCCCAGCAACCCCGCCAGCUGUGGGACAGGGAGGGAAACUCAUCCCGUGGAGAACCCCUUGGAAAAGGGAACUGAGGAGGAGAGGAUGGUGAUGGAGCUGAUGAAGUGUUACCAGGUCAGCUGAGGGAGCAGGAGCACCAGGAUUGAGCAGAAACAGGCUAAAAGAGGUUCAGAAAAAAAUCAAAGCUUGACUUUGGCAUCACCCAGGGCACGAGGUCUGCACAAAUAAAGUUUAGCUCCCAAGCUGUGGUGCUGU